AUGGCCAGCUUUCAACACCCCUUCCGGAGCUUGAAAUAUGUCAAGCGACAGCAUCAAGGUCUUUCUGAUGUGUUGAUCGCCUCCGCAGGCCGGCAUAUCUACUGCUACGAGGCCGAGAGCGGCCGGCGCCUGGACGUGUGGCCCCAGCAUGUAGAGAUCAGCUCCAAAGUUGCUUCUGGUCCAAAAUCUACUUCGGAGGAUCAAGCGCCACCAGAGAAGAGGAGAAAGCUCUCGUCGCCUGAGACUCAGGCUGAGGAGAAGCCUACAGAGGAGAUCCUCAACAGCAAAUCUCCCUCUUGGACAAAUAUCCCCAUGGUCUUGGCAUCUCCAGAUGGCAAAUAUGUAGUUGCUCUGACUGCUGAGGACAAAUGCAUCCGAGUUUUUAGCUUGAGUGAAGACGGAAAAUUACAGGAGCUGAGCUCUCGAAACAUGCCCAAGAAGCCAUGCGCACUGGAUCUGACGCCUGAUGGUCAGACUAUCCUCUGUGCUGACAAGUUCGGCGACGUCUAUUCUUUGCCCUUGAUCCCUGGGGAGUACGUGAAGACUCGUGCCCAAGUUAAAGCCUCUAAGCCAGCCGCUACCACACUCACUGUGCACUCGAAGCGCAACCUACUCUCGCUAGAGCAGCAGCUACGCCAGGCUGAAAGGGCUGAAAAGGCUGAGAAGGCUGAAGGUGUUGAAAAGCCACAAGAGGAAGUAGAGGAGAAAAACAUGCUUAACUUUGAGCACCAGCUGAUCCUUGGCCAUGUCUCGAUGCUGACCGAUCUAAUCUCCGUCUCUCUGCCUGGUCCUUCGGGGAGUCGCCCACGGAAUUAUAUCCUGACUGCGGAUCGUGAUGAGCAUAUCCGGGUGUCUCGUGGUAUUCCCCAGGCUCAUGUCAUUGAGCAACAAUGCUUGGGUCACACUUCGCUUGUUAGCAAAAUAUGCGUUCCUUCGUGGGCGCCCAAUGUCCUAAUUUCCGGCGGCGGUGAUGGCCUUUUGCUCGUGUGGAACUGGAGUGAAGGAGAGCUACUUCAAAAGAUCCUUCUGGGUGAUUCAUUCCAGGAUUCUGUUGUUAGUGGAAUCUGGGAUAUCUCUCUUGACCAGCCGGUGGGUACCAGGGACCCUGUGAGGGCAAUCUUUGUCAACCUCGAAGGCUCUUCUCAGCUCCUCCACUACUCACUCGAAAGUGACAGCACACUCACGCUCCAAGAUACUAUUCAGCUUUCUGGAAACGUGCUGGACCUGGUUAGCAUGGAUUUGCCGGGCUCUGUUGUCGUCUCGGUGGACACUGUACGGGAGCCUAACUGUACGGAUACGUGGAAGUCGGGCCCGGCUUCUCCCCAGAUUCUCCUUGAAAGUCUCCGGGCCAAUUCUUUCGAGGGAAGCCUGAAGUGGUCCGUUGCGGAAGAUUCCAAACUGGCCAUCAUCAAUGCCGCGGGCACCUCGGAUCUCUCUACCACGUUGGAAGCUAAGGCAAGGAAGGCAAUUGACGAUGCUUUGUACAAUCUGGGUAACACUCGGAAGAAGAGUUAUGGCGACUGA